CCUUUCUUGGAUGAUCAUGGUGUUCUCAGGGUGGGCGGUCGGCUUUCACGUUCCGGCUUGGAGUUCGAGCACAAGCAUCCCGCUUUGCUGCCUCGGUCCUCACGUUUUACCUACAUGAUCAUUGAAGAGAUCCAUGCCGAGAAUGGUCAUCCCGGAGUGAACACUUUGUUGUAUUUGCUGACUCAGCAAUUUUGGCUUCUUUCACCCAAACGUGCCAUACGGCAUUGUUUAUCUAAGUGCUUGAAAUGCUAUCGUAUGAAGCCCACUCCUCUUGAACCGUAUAUGAGUGACUUACCUUUUGUACGUGUUAAUCAAGCGAAACCAUUCUCAAUAAUCGGUACUGACUACGGCGGUCCAUUCCGCAUAAAACUAGGAAAUCAUCGUGGUGCGAAAAUCGGAAAGGCUUACCUUUGCCUAUUCGUGUGCUUCAGCACAAAAGCAGUACACCUCGAAGUCGUUUCCGACCUCUCGACAGACGCAUUUCUUGCCGCACUGCGCAGAUUCGUAGGCCGUCGUGGUAGAGUCAGCAUUAUUCACUCGGACUGUGGUACGAAUUACGUAGGCGCGAGUAACCACCUAAAUUCAUUGAUGAACUCAGCCGCUCGAAGUGAGGGCAUCGAAUUCCGUUUUAAUCCGCCAUCGAGUCCUCACUUCGGGGGAGUGUGGGAAAUCCAGAUCAAGGCUGUGAAAACUCACCUUUACCGUAUCGUCGGUACACAAACCCUUAAUUUCGAGGAAUUAACAACAUUAUUUGUCCAAAUCGAAGCUAUGCUUAACUCGAGGCCAUUAUACCCGAUUAGUUCAGAUCCCAACGAUCUUACCGUUCUAACACCCGGUCAUUUUCUUACGUUAGAACCAAUGACGACCGUUCCUGAUGAGGAUUAUUCGAAUCUGAACCUAAAUCGUCUCGGGCGAUGGCAAUUAAUACAGCGUUUUCAACGUGACUUCUGGGUCCGUUGGAGGAAUGAAUACCUCAAUUCUUUAAUGCAACGCGCAAAAUGGACAUCAUCGGAAAAACCAUUAUCCGUAGGCUCCGUGGUAAUACUUAAGACAGACUCGACUACGCCUUUGCACUGGCCGUUAGCACGCGUUCAUGAGCUACAUUCAAGCCCUGAUGGGGUCGUGCGCAUUGCUACUGUUAGAUUAGCAAACGGUGUUUUCCUGACAAGGCCUUUAACUAAGCUUUGUCCGUUACCUACGCGAUCCGAUUAAUUCCCCAUACGUUUACAAAACAAGUUCAUUACGCACUAUGAGUCCUACUAAUGACAACCGGGAGCCACCCCCCCGCGCCCCUGGAGUGAAGAAAAAACUAUGGACACGCGUGUGCGCGCUCUCUUAUAAAUAAAUCGUUUUGUCCUAAUUUAAUCCGUAAAUCCGCUUGUAAGCUAAUAAACUAGCAUAUUCUACGUGUUAUAUGAACAAUUGGUGAUAAAAGUUGAUCCUGCAUUGGAGUUCACCAUCAAUUCGAAGCCUCAGCUCGAUACGUGCGCCGGCCGGCUGAAGAGGAAUUCCAUCACC